AAAAGGCUUGCCCAACUUCCAAAGUUGGGGGUUUUCACUGUGGGGCAAUAUAAAACAUCUGCCAACCGCAGGGAGCCUCGAGCACCGAUGGACCUCCUUGGAGCAGCCACGCUUUUCGGGGCCAUCUGCGUCUCCUGCUUCUUCAUCCUCUCCGUAUGGCGGCAGCUGCGCCAGGCAAGCAAGAUGCCUCCUGGGCCCACCCCGCUCCCCUUCAUCGGCAACCUGCUCCGGGUCGACAGGAAUAAUGUGUCCCGAUCACUCAUCAAGAUGAGUGAGGAAUACGGCCCCGUCUACACCAUCCACCUGGGGCCGCGGCGUAUUGUGGUGCUCUGCGGGUAUGAUGCUGUGAAGGAGGCCCUGGUAGAUCAGGUGGAAGAUUUCAGUGGUCGUGGAGAGCAGGCUACCUUUGACUGGAUCUUCAGGGGUUACGGCGUUGCCUUCAGCAAUGGGGAAAGGGCCAAACAACUUCGCCGAUUCUCCAUGAUGACCCUGAGGAAUUUUGGAGUGGGGAAGAGAUCAGUUGAAGACCAGAUCUUGGAGGAGAUCCAUUUCUUACUAGAAGCCCUGAGGAACACAGAGGGCAAACCUUUUGACCCAACCUACAUUCUGAGCCGUUCAGUGUCCAAUGUUAUCAGCUCCAUUGUCUUUGGCAACCGCUUUGACUACCAAGACCAGGAGUUCCUCUCCAUGCUGACCAAGUUGCUGGAUAUUUUCCGAUUUGCCUCUACUCCUUGGGGGCAGCUCUACGACAUGUUCUCAGGGAUCAUGAACUACCUGCCGGGGCCGCAAGUCAAAUCCUUUGAGGCCCUCUCAGGACUCGAUGAGUUUGUCGCCAGAAAGGUGAAGGAGAACCAGGAGACCCUGGCUCCUAAUGCCCCACGAGAUUUCAUCGACUGCUUUCUGAUAAAAAUGCAACAGGAAAAGGAAAAGCCCAACUCUGAGUUCACCUUGAAGAACAUCAUUGCGACAACCCUCAACGUCUUCUUCGGGGGCACAGAGACCGUCAGCACCACCCUGCGCCACGGCUUGCUGAUCCUGAUGAAAUACCCGGAGGUGGAAGAGAAAAUCCACGAGGAGAUAGACCGUGUGAUUGGCAGAAACCGCGCCCCCAGCAUGGAGGACCGGAAAUGGAUGCCUUACACGGAUGCCGUGAUCCAUGAGAUCCAGAGGUUUGCUGACGUGCUCCCCAUGGGCUUAGCGAGGCGUACAAUUCGGGAUACCCAGUUCCGAGGAUACACCAUCCCCAAGGGUACGGAGGUGUUUCCCCUCCUGGGAUCUGUCAUGAGGGACCCCAAAUACUUUGCAAGACCAGAAGUGUUUGACCCCCAACAUUUCCUGGAUGAGAACGGGCAGUUCCAGAGGAGCAGCGCUUUCAUGCCAUUCUCUGUUGGAAAACGGUAUUGCUUUGGAGAACCUCUGGCCCGCAUGGAGCUCUUCCUCUUCCUCACCAGCAUCCUGCAAAACUUCCGCCUCCAUCCUUGUGUUCCUCCUGAAGAAAUUGACGUUUCGCCCAUGCUUUCUGGGUUUGCCAGCCUCCCGCCUGCCUACGAACUCUGCGUCCUGCCCCGCUGAAGGGUUGCAAGGGGAUGGAGGAGUAAGGCCUGAUCCGGUCUGAGCCGGUCUCUUCACUAUUUGCUCCACCCUUUGUGUAGUGCUUUUGCAACCCUACUGAUAGGAGCGGAAUAAACAUUGGAUACGGUUCUCUC